GUUUUUUCGGCCUCUGGACUCAAAGAUGGCGGCGCGUAUCCAAUUCCAUUGCUUGUGUGGCAUCACCGUGCCUGGGGACAUUGUGCACAUCACCAUCCGCGGCCCCGACGCUGGACCACUGGAGUAUCCGCUGCUGACGGACAACAGGGAGUGGCCCCACUGGAAGACCCUCCCGCUCGAGUUUGUGGUGCGCGGCGCCCUCAGACUCACCUACAAGUACUUCAUCAAACGAGACGACGGGGGAGGAUUCCUCAGAGAUGAGGUGAGGAGGGGUGGGGUGGGGUCCAGAGGAACGCCCUCUCUCUAUGCAUGAUUGUUGAUGCUCCCUACCUCUCCUCUGCGUGUGUGGCCUGUGUGUAUGCAGUUUCACUGGGGCAGCCGCUCGGUGACGUUGCUUCAAGGUCACGCACACGUCGUUUCCGACUUCUGGGGUGACAUCCAGCGCACACGCGUCGAGUGGCAGCGCAUGGCACCGGCACCGAACCCUGCACAGGGCCUCCAGCCCGCAUGGGUACACACAGACACACACACAGCCUCGCACUCAUUUCAACACAUCCUUCCACCCCUCCCUAUAUCUCUCCCCUUGGCAGCCACCAGCAGCAGCAGCGGCAGCCCCACAGCAGCCAGCGGUGGGUGGUGCGGGUGGUGCGGUGCUGGCGAAUGCCGUGUCUGCCUGCGCGCUGCGGUUGUCCAAGGAGGAGGAGUUGAAGCAGCAGGUGCGUCGCGCGGCCAGCAACAGCCUGUUGGUGCGAGAGAACCUGGAGGAGAUGCCGCUGGAGAUGAUCCGCGAGUUGAUGCACGACAGGCGGCGUGACCUGGAGUUGCUCGCCGUUAUGGUGGGCAAGAAGGAGGCGCAGGAGCAGGAGACAUGCAUCAUCUGCUGCGAGAAGGUCCAAUAGCCAGUGAAGCAAGGCAAAGGAAUGUCGAUUGCGGAGUAUGAGACACGCUGCUGUUGUUCUUCUGUGUUGUGGAUUGUGUGUUGGGUGGUUGUAGGAGAAGGAAGUUGUCUUCAUACCGGUACGCACACUUGUUGUGUUGGUGGAUAGGCCAGUGGACGGAGGGAGGGAGGGAGACAACACUCGCUGUAUCUCUGUGUCUCUGCCUCCGUUUGUGCCUCUCUGUCUGUCUGUCUAUCUGUCUGUCUGUCUCUCUGUCUGUCCGUUUGUCUUCCACAUUUGGCCGCACUGCAUGCAGUGCCGUCACCAGUGUAUCUGCUCAAGUAGGUGCCGGCCCCUCCAGUGCCAGACCGAUGGCUGUCUGUCGACAUCACUCCCUUCACCCAUGUCUAUCCGCUUGUGUGUCUGUUUGUGUGUGCAGCGUGUUGGCGCAAGCUGCGGGAUCGCGGCAUCUACAAGUGUCCCAUUUGCCAACAAAUCCCGGCGCGCAUCAUCCUGCCCGCCAAGUGACACACCCACCCGUCACCCAACCUACACCUACAUUGGCAAUCAAACACCAUUUUUGCAUCGUUCAUCGGUUCUGGUCAAUGGAGGGUCUGAGUUUCUGUUCUGUUUUGAUCGAUCCAUGUAUGAGUAUAAGGCAGUGUGAGGGAGGCAAAGAGGGGGGAGGGGGUGAGGGAGAUCGGUAGGACUAUUGUUAGGCAGACCCCGGCACAGCAGAGGGAUAGAUACCCCGUGACGCGGCGCCGCCGUGUGUGGAGGACACAGACAGGGACACACACACACACAUAACACAUGGGCUUUUGAACGGUUGACGGUGAGACAGAGCGUCAGGGCUUUGUGGUCUAGGAGGGGAGGGCGUGGGUACUCAAUUGUCACUCACUGCUCUGUUGUCUGUGGCCGAUCAUGUGUGGUCCAUCGGUAAGUGAGUCAAUGGUGUGGGGCAUGGAUGGGAAAUGGGC